CACCGUUCUGGGGAAACGUGGGAACCGUAGCAGCAUUGAACGGGCCCCAGAAGACUUCACCGCUACUCGGGGACUUUCCGCCUGAGCUCCAGCCAAGACACAACGGAGGAUUCACCUGGUUUGUCCAGAGAGGACUUCUCUACUCUGCUGUCCUUCUGCAUACAUGCAGGUUGAAUCUGCUGCAGCUGGAGAAGGGAUUUAAAAUCGCCUGUAAGAUCCAAGAAGGGAAUUUUCCCAGAGGACGGCUCGUAAAUCCACUCCCUGCUUGUGACAUCGCAGAGGGGAGAGACUGUGGAAUUUCGGCAUUCCCCAGAGAUAAAGUAAACAGUACUAAGGGCCACAAAAGAGGUCGUCAGGUCAAGAGAGGUGCCCAUCCAUUGACCAAAAUGGGGAAAAGUAACAGCAAACCUUUGACUGUGACUGUGAAGUCCAAGCUGAAGGGAUGUGCAAAGAUUAUGUGCAAGAAACACGGUGACGAGACAUGCAAACCGCUUUCUUUUUGGGUGAAGACAUUCGGAUUUCCGGAGAAUGGUAGUUUCAGUGUACGUCUGAUACAGAGACUGCAAGAUAAACUGGAUGUUUAUGAGAAAAUGAACGGUUACGGCAGCGUAGACUGGAAAGCAUUUAAGAUGUGGAAACAGGAGACAGACGUACGACAGAGACGGCAGGAGAAGGGGCGCAAGAAGGCGCCGGGGAAAACUAAUCCGUGUCCUCGGCCCUCACAUCCACAGAAAGACCUGAAUCUUGUCCCCGCCUCGGCCGCACAUCAGCCUGUGAAUCCACAGCGGGAGGUCCGAAGUCGGCCGACCUCAGCAGAACCCACCCCGCCAGGCCCAGAGUCAGAAGACGUGCUGGCCGGCCCAGUCUCCGAGGGAAGAAAGUCACAGACAACCCCCGCCACAAACAAAAUAAUUGAGGUGCCUGAUCUGAGUGAAGCCAGAGCUAGGGAGAUAGACGGCUACGAUGCUUCGACCCUAGAUUCAGAGGCAACAAGAUCACCGACAACCAACGGCAUCGAAAUUAUCGAUGAUCGUGAUCUGAGAGAGAUUGGAGCCAGUGUGAUGGCUGUCUACAGAGCCCGGACACGAGAUUCAGGGACAAGAAGAUCUCAGACAACCAACGGCAUCGAAAUUAUCGAGGAUUGUGAUCUGAGAGAGAUUGGAGCCAGUGUGAUGGAUGUCUACAGAGCCCGGACACAAAAUUCAGGGACAAGAAGAUCUCAGACAACCAACGGCAUCGGAAUUAUCGAGGAGCGUGAUCCAAGAGAUAUUGGAGCUGGGGCGAUGGAGGUCUACGGAGCAACAAGAUCACAGAAAACCCACGGGAUCAUCCAAAUAGUUCAGGUGCCUGAUUCCUACGAAGUUUUGACGCCAGACGAGAUAAGCUCCAUUGCCAAUGAAAUGCCAGAUAUAGACAAACGAGGAGGGGCUGCGUUUGUUAAAAUACUGUCCCAGAUUGUGCAGCAAUUCAAACCGAGUCUGAGAGAAAUCUACAGUCUCCUAAUCCACAGCAUGAAACUGAAAUUUUGCGAAUUACGAGGAGUCUGGCUAGAGAGAGACAGGCGUUACGACUGGACACCAGGCGCUGUAUAUCGUGAACAUGUGGAGGAGAUCUGCGAGAGAAUUAAAACGACGUUCCCUGCCAUCGAGAGAUGGGAGGCAAUACGCUGGAGGCAGAAGCCUGGCGAAACGGUGGAAGACCAUCUGAUCCGAUUGACGAAGGAGUUUGACGAUAACAGCGGAUUGGAUCCAGACACGCCCCUGUAUGGCUCACUGCUAAAGCACUAUUUCCUGCUGGGCCUGGAUGAACAAAUCAAAGACCAGGCAUUCAAACAUUCGCCGGUAUGGGAUAUGGAACCCCUGUCAUCCAUCCGAGCACACGCUGUACAUGCUGAACAAACUCUGAGAGAUUUGGAUGACAAGAAAAAGCAAGAUACAGCUCGAAUGGAGGAAAGGCUCACGGAGGAGCUGAUUCAAGCUCUGCAGGCAUUAAAGGGAGGGAGAAACGGAGGGCGAGGUCCGAGCAGAGGAUCACGGAGGCACGGAUGCUGGAAUUGUGGAGACCCCUCCCACUGGAAAAGAGACUGUGACCAGUCAGGAUGAGGACUGAUGGGCGACAGAGGACACUCCAGAGGCGGAGGAAGUAUUCCGAUUCUUUACUUAAAGAUUCCACUCAAAAAUGUGUUUUUUUUUAGGUUUAUGUCUCCUAACAUGUCAUACAGUGGCUACACUGACUUGUAUCUGUGCUAAUUGUGUCACUAGAGAGGUCUUUUAAAGGGAUACGUCACCUUUUGUUGAAAUAGGGCUUAUCA